UUGUGUUGUUCUUCGUUUUCAGGUUCAAAUCAGUCUUCCUUGUUCACCCGACCCCCUCUUCAUCCGUUGCAUACUGGUCUUCAUGUUGGAUUCUUCAGAAACCCUAAUUUCUAUGUUCGCGAUGUCAUUAGGUUAAGUCGUCCCAAGAGCAAUUUGAAUAGAAGUUCUUGUUUCUUCAAUAGAUCAUUUGAGAAUGUGAAACUGUACAAUCGUGGAAAAUCUUCAAAACUUAUUGUCAGGUCUGAACUUGUUGGAACUGGCUCUUCAGAAGCUUCUUUCCCAUUAUCAGAAACAUUGCUGAGUUCAAAGAUCAGAGGGGUUUUCUUUUAUGCUGUUACUUCUGUUGUUGCCAUUGUUCUGAUUGUGGUGAUGAUCGUAGCACAUCCAUUUGUUCUCUUGUUGGAUAAAUAUCGAAGACGAACUCAUCACUUCAUUGCUAAAUUGUGGGCUUUUGCAACUAUUGUUCCAUUCUUUAAAAUUGAAUACGAGGGACUUGAGAAUUUACCUCCACCAGAGACUUCAGCUGUGUAUGUAGCCAACCAUCAGAGUUUUUUAGACAUAUAUGCUCUUCUCACUCUGGGAAUAAGCUUCAAGUUUAUUAGCAAAACAUCAAUAUUUCUUUAUCCUGUAAUUGGUUGGGCCAUGUUUUUCAUGGGCGUUAUCCCUCUGAAGCGCAUGGACACUAGAAGCCAACUGGACUGUUUCAAGCGAUGUAUGGACCUUGUUAAGAAGGGUGCGUCUGUCAUUUUCUUUCCAGAAGGCACUCGUAGUAAGGAUGGAAAGUUAGGUGAUUUCAAGAAAGGGGCAUUCAGUAUUGCAACGAAAACAGGAGUAGCCAUAGUUCCAAUAACAAUUGUAGGAACUGGGAAUAUAAUGCCUUCAGGAAAGGAGAGUUUAAUAAAUCCAGGAUAUGUCAAAGUUAUUAUCCAUAAACCUAUACAAGGAACUGAUUCGCAAAGUCUUUGCAAUGAAGCCAGAAAUGCAAUUGCAAGUGGCCUUUAUUAAUUAACCAUGGAGCCUUUCUUUUUAGUGUAAAUCCAAUUUGUAAUUUUGAGUGUUAGUUGCAUUUGACAUGUACAAUUUUGGAAGAGUUUUCAAUUCUAAAACCUCUUGUUAUAUUAUGAUUCUCCAUUUUUUUCAUGAAUUUUGUCUUCUGUU